CCACUCCUCCUCCUCCUCCUCCUUUUUUUCCCACAGUAGCCUCUACUCCAGACUGUAUGGUAUGUGGGCUGGUCCCAGAUCCCCAUGUGGUCCGACAUCACUGACAUGGCGGAAUCCCCCUCCGACGCCGCCUGAGAGUUAGUUCUCCCGGCUCGGUCCUCGCCCGCUGGAGCCAGGCGGAGGUGGUGGUGGAGCAGGAGCAGGAGCAGGGCGGCCUCAGACUCAGCCUCCCUCCCAAGGAACACCCCCCCCCUUCUCUCUCUCUCUCGCUCGCUCUCUUGUCUCUGGACUUCGGGUGCUGCUCCCCCUUUUCCAGCACAAGGAGGCCCGCCCAGGAAAAUUCUCCAUGAAUGUACGUCACAAUGAUGAUGACCGACCAAAUCCCACUGGAGUUGCCAUCAUUGCUGAACGGGGAGGUAGCCAUGAUGCCUCACUUAGUCAAUGGAGAUGGGACGCAGCAGGUCAUUUUUGUUCAAGUCAAUCCAGGUGAAACUUUUACAAUAAGGGCUGAAGAUGGAACUCUUCAGUGCAUUCAAGGACCUGCUGAAGUUCCCAUGAUGUCACCCAAUGGAUCUAUUCCUCCUAUACAUGUGCCUCCAGGUUAUAUAUCACAGGUAAUAGAAGACAAUACAGGCGUCCGCAGGGUGGUGGUUACACCACAGUCUCCAGAAUGUUACCCUCCGAGCUAUCCUUCUGCCAUUUCUCCAACUCACCACUUACCACCGUACCUUACCCAUCACCCCCAUUUUAUUCACAACUCUCAUACGGCCUUCUAUCCACCUGUUACUGGGCCUGGAGAUAUGCCACCCCAAUUUUUCCCUCAGCAUCAUCUCCCCACCACAAUCUAUGGAGAGCAAGAAAUCAUAUAUGGAAUGUCCAGUUACAUAACCAGGGAAGAUCAAUACAGCAAACCACAGCACAAGAAAAUUAAGGACAGACAGAUUGAUCGUCAAAACCGUUUAAAUAGCCCUCCUUCAUCCAUCUACAAAAGCCAUCUGGGAAACUGCACAACAGUAUACAAUGGUACCAUCAAGGCUUAUAAUGGAGCUGCAAAUGGGGGAGGCGGCGGCGGCGGAAUUGGAGGAGGUGGAAUGCCGGCUAUGAAAAAAACAGAACGCAGAGCAAGAAGCAGCCCCAAAUCAAAUGAGCAGGAUGCACAUGAAUGUGACACAGAAACAAAAAGAGUUCAAGAUGUUCUUUCUGGAAUUGAGAAACCACAGGUUUCAAAUAUUCAAGCAAGAACAGUUUUGCUCACCUGGUCACCUCCAAAUGGCCUUUUAAGUGGAGAUAGACACAGCAAUGGUUUGCCUUAUUCCUGUACUUACGAAGUUGCCUUAUCAGACAAAGGGAGGGAUGGAAAAUACAAAAUGAUUUACAGUGGAGAAGAAUUGGAAUAUAAACUGAAAGACCUUCGGCCAGCAACAGAAUAUUAUGUCAGGGUAUAUGCAGUGUACAAUUCAGUAAAGGGAUCUUGUUCAGAACCUGUCAGCUUUAUAACUCACAGCUGUGUUCCAGAUUGCCCAUUCCCACCCAAACCAUCGCACAGGACCAAAAAUUCUUUGACGUUGCAAUGGAAGGCCCCAGCUGACAAUGGUUCAAAAAUCACCAGCUACCGUUUAGAGUGGGAUGAGGGAAAAAGAAGCAAUGUCUUCAGAGAAUGUUACGAUGGGAGCCAGAAGCAUUACAAGGUGACGAAGCUCUGUCCGGCUGUGGGUUACACGUUCCGAUUAGCGGCUCGGAAUGACAUGGGCAUUAGUGGCUUUAGCCAAGAAGUCAUAUGUUACACAUCAGGAAAUAUUCCUCAAACUCCUUCUGCACCAAGGCUUGUCCGAGCAGGAGUCACCUGGAUCACCCUACAGUGGAAUAAAGCAGAGGGCUGCACACCAGAAGAAGUCGUUACCUAUACCUUGGAGAUUCAGGAGGAUGACAAUGAUAGUGUGUUUCAUCCAAAGUACACUGGAGAAGACCAAACCUGUACUGUGAAAAAUCUUAAAAGAAGCACACAAUAUAAAUUUAGGCUAAUUGCCUCCAAUGUAGAAGGGAAGAGUAGUCCUAGUGAUGUCUUGGUCUGUACCACAAGCCCCGACAGGCCAGGGCCGCCCACCAGGCUUGUUGUGAAAGGGCCCACAACAUCUCACGGCUUCAGUGUGAAAUGGGAGCCUCCUGAGGAUAAUGGUGGUUCAGAAAUCCUAAAUUAUCUGUUAGAAAUUUCAGAAGGAAGCUCUGAAGCAAAUCAAUGGGCCGUGGCAUACAGAGGAUCCGCUACCGAAUGUGCAUGUACAUACUUGAAACCAGGCACUUUGUAUAAGCUCCGGGCAUGCUGUAUUAGCACAGGUGGACACAGUCAGUGUUCUGAAAAUUUACUUGUCCGUACACUAAGCAUUGCACCAGAUCAGUGCCAACCACCCAGAGUACUUGGGAAACCAAAGCAUAAAGAAGUGCAGCUGCAAUGGGAUGCUCCUCCUGUGUCAGAAAAUAGUCAUCAUAUCUCUGCAUAUAGUGUAGAAAUGACUGAACCUGAAGAAGUGACUUCAGAAGUUUAUCAUGGUCCUGAUCUCGAAUGCACUGUGAGCAAUCUUCUUCCUGGAACAACGUAUCACUUCAGAGUGAGAGCUCUGAAUGAUGGAGGGUAUGGGACUUACUCUGAAGCCACAACCAUCACAACCACCACUGGGCCUCCUGUGCAGUGCAAAGCUCCUUGCCUCACCUUCCUCUCUGAAACAAGUGUACUUGCUACCUGGGAGAAUCCUGAGAGUUUUGGUGCUGACAUCUCAGAAUACAGACUGGAGUGGGGGGAAGAUGAAGAGUCCUUAGAACUGGUGUACAGCGGCACUGGCAACUCCUUUGAAAUCAGCCAGUUGUCGGCAGCAGCACACUACUUCUGUAGACUACAGGCAAUAAACCAGGCAGGGGCAGGACCGUACAGUGACCUUGUCACCUGCAGAGCUCCAGCAUCUGUACCUGAUGCUGUGACCACCCUCUACAUAUCAGACGAUGAGCACUUGGAUACUGAUCCACUAUCACCCUUUGUGUGCCUUGUUUUGAACUGGGAAGAACCGUGCAAUAAUGGCUCUGAGAUUACUUCUUACAACAUUGACAUUGGUGAUAUUAUCAUGCCAGUGGGUAAUGUCACGAGUUUUGUCAUCAGUGACCUGCUUCCUGAAACCACAUUCCGGAUCCGGAUUCAGGCUGUCAAUGACAUUGGAGCUGGUCCUUUUAGCCACUCCAUUAAGGCCAAGACCAGGCCGUUGCCACCUUUACCUCCUCGGCUGGAGUGUACUGCGGCAGGACCUCAGAGCCUGAAGCUGAAGUGGGGGGAGAGCAGCUCCAAGCAGCAUACGGCUGAUGACAUGGUGUACAUCCUGCAGAUAGAGGACAGGAACAAGAGGUUUACUCCAAUCUAUAGGGGACCAAGUCACACCUACAAGGUACAACGGCUGAUGGAAUUUACCUGCUAUGCUUUUAGAAUACAAGCAGUAAAUGAUGCUGGUGAAGGACCUUUCUCAGAAGUGUUUACCUUCAGCACAACCAAAUCCAUUCCCUCUGCCAUCAAAGCACCUCGAGUCAAAGCGUUGGAAGGAAAUACCUGUGAAAUUGCAUGGGAAACUGUACUCCCCAUGAAAGGAGAUCCAGUCAGUUACAUUCUGCAGAUAUUGGUUGGAAGAGAAUCUGAGUAUAAACAGGUAUACAAAGGAGAGGAGACAACAUUUCAAAUCUCAGGCCUUCAAACCAACACAGACUAUAGAUUCCGCGUGUGUGUUUGCCGCCGGUGCUUGGAUACCUCACAAGAACUUAACGGACCUUUCAGCCCAUCUGUUGCCUUUAUGCUCCAGCGAAGCGAGCUCAUGCUUACAGGAGAAAUGGGAAGGAUAGAUGACCCUAAGACGAAAAGUAUGAUGCCUUCUGAUGAACAGUUUGCAGCCCUCCUUGUUCUUGGCUUUGCAACUGUCUCCAUAUUAUUUGCCUUUAUACUACAGUAUUUGUUUAUGAAGUAAAGAGUCCCAACGCAAGCGUUUGAGAUAUCAUUUUUAACUAAUGCUACGCAUUAUAAUCCAUGAGUUUUAUUCAGAUAUUCCUUUUUAAUUUCCUUUUUUCCAGUGGCAUUUUCCUGUACAUUUUAUACAUUUUUCCUGAUUAUUAUGGGGUUGGGGUUGGAAAGGGAUAGUCCUAUUUAGCAAAAUAAAUAUCAAUGUUCAGGUGAACCAUUUUGAAAAUUCAAGACUAGAAAGUGGCCAGAGCUAUCCAAGCCAGAUACCAAAAGAAAAUAUAUUGCCUUUGAUAUUGCUUUUUGCUUUUUUUUCUUUUAAAUUUUUUAAAUCCAUUUAGUAUUGAUUGAUUCCUCUCCCAAUUCAGAAAUGUAAUCAGUUUGCCUUCAUAUUUUUUUGUUGUUGUUGCUAAAAUCUUUGCAGUUUUUAAAUUGCACAAUGGUUACUUUUAGAAUAUGCUUUUGGAUCUUCUGCAUCUGCAAGUGUUAUCCACCAGUAUGUAAUUUUGUUGCAGCUAGAAUGUGAUGUUCGCAAUACAAGGUGUAAGAUGGACAAUAAUUAUAAACAUUAUGUAGGAUGGUUUGGAUGGAAUCCUGUAUCAGCUAGUUAGUUACUUAUAUUGAACUAAAUAACUUCUCCUGGCUUGGUGGAAAGAUCACUAAUCCAGACUCCGGUUUCCGGAAGAAUGGCUCUCCUGCUUUCUAUGCAGUCAGUACCCAAUAAAGUAUACUUAGGGGAAGGAGUUGUGAUUGUGGUUACUAGUGUCACAACCAUGACUAAAGGCACAUCUACACUGGACAUUUAACUCAAUGAAAAACCAGCAGUGGAGGAAACUGUUUUGGUGUUUGAAAGCCCUGGAACUCAUUUGAGACCUGGAUGAUAUACACUGCAAAUGCUGGCCUCGAACCAGCUCCAGGAUCUCCAGGAUCCAUGGCUUCACUGGGGGAUUCUGGAUUUAUUUUUCACCUCCCCUCAUUCCAUUGUACAUGUGCAGAUUGUCCUAGCACCUGUCCCUUAAUUGUUUUUGCCAUGCAGUGUGGUUUACAUUAAAACACACUAAUGCACAUUAUGAUCUCUGUUGAAGUUUCCCCUAAACCUUAUUUGCCCCCUCACUUUGCUUGUGCAUACAUCAUAUAACCACCAUACAGCAUGGUGAAUAUGAAACCAUUACAUAUGAGUACAUCUAAGUAAUCAUUUUGUAUUCACAAUCACUAGUUAAUUGUAAUUAUGACACUACUAUUGUCAUGAUCCUACUCUCCCCUCUCCCCUUCAUGGAGAGAAGGAGGACCAUUCUGCUGGCAAGUGGAGAUGAGUGAAUUAUAUUUCCUUCAGAAUUGAGGGAAACAAGUCCCCGAGUCAAGUGAUUACUUAGGUCAUUAACAUACUAUACUGUUAUAACACUAUAUUCCACGAAUAUUCUGUGAAAUUCUAAGUUUGUAGUCUGACGAGUCACUCAAACUCUCUCACUAAGCAUUCUAAAUGCCUGUCUCUAAACUGCAAAUCUAUAGUAUGUUGCCAUGACAAUUAAAGUGGAAUAUAGUGUGACUACAGCGUAGUGUUAUUAGCGCAUUACUUAAGAUGCUGAAACUAAGUCGCUGAUACACAAUUUCAGGCUGUAUGUUUUUUCCCUCCCCAACUCUCCCCUGUUCGUUAUUCUCCAUGAUAAAUAAUUUUAAAUUCCGCUACAUAUUCAACUAUAUAUUUAGCACAUUACAAUCCAAAUAAUUUUAUUCUGCAAGCUGAAGACUUUUUUAAAAAUAUAUAUUAUUUUCUCUACCCCAACUGUUUGCACAGUAUGAACUGCCUGUAUAGCAAAUCUGAUAACUAGAUAGCUUUAGAAAUGAUAAAACAUUACAGUUUCUACCAUUUUCUUUAUUUUAUAGUCAUAAUUUUAAGAGGGCAUUGUGCAAUAGUUACUCCCAUGUCCAGCUGUUCUAUUUUUAAAAAGCUGCUUUUAACUUGUUUGUUUGCCUUUGUAUAUAAACUUACUUUUAAUCCAAUCACUAGAUUUGUUAUAUUCAUCUUGAUUUAUAUGUUUAGAACUGGUGAAAGCUUGCUGCCUUUGCUAUUUAUAUUAAUUAUUACAUUUUUUUGACAUAAGUAAUCUUUCAGUCAGCCACUUAAGGGGAAGAAAGAAGUGCAUUUAUAUUUCAGCCUUAGGAAAACCAGGAAGAGUUCAUUUGAGGCAGGACUAGAUGUUGCAGAGGACACGUGGCUGCUACUGACAAUAGGGCCACAGCUUGCAUCUUCUCCAGAAGUUGGGGGGAGUUGUUAUUUUGGAGUAUAACUCACAGAGUCUGUUAGUCAACUUGUCUACCAUGAAUUCGGGGAGCCACAGUCUAAGAAAUGAACUUUCCAAGUUCAGCCUUUCUUCUUCUUCACCUGUCCUGCCACACAUACCAUUACAUGUGGCAUGGCAUCAGUCCAUGAUAGGCUUUCUAGUCUUACUCAUGUUGAGUGUCUGCUACUUAUAAUACUGGAGAUAGGACCUCACUUUAUGUGUCCUCUUGUGGUAGACAUUACAGAUGAAGAGGUGUGAAGCUCAACCAUGUGUGUACUCUGUCAUUGGCUCCAGUCUGAAGCUGGCAUUCUUAUCAACAGCUUAUAUGAUCCAUUACCAAUCCAGUUACAGUAUGACCUCUUUAUCCACAGAUUUGAUAUGCAUAGUUUCACUUACACACACUCCAAAAAUGUAUUCUUUCCUGGGCCUCUCUAGGUUCUCCAGUGCUUUUUUAUGGUGUGGUUCCACCUCAACUAUAAUCAAAUUAUAGAGUUCAUUAUUAUCCAUGAUUUCAAGUAUCCGCAGCGGUGUCUUGGGACAUAUUCCCUAUGGAUACCGGGGUCGUAUUGUACUGUUUUCCCAUAAGAAUAUUGAGUUCAUUUUUUUACAUCUGUGGCCUAAACAUACUUGUUAGUGCAGUCCAUUAAAAUCCUUGGGAUUUUUUUUAAACUUUGAUUAUUUAUAAUGUCAACAAUGUUCAAGUGCCUCAGGGAUAUUGAUGAGCAGGAGGUGCAAAGAGUGCAACAGACAUAGGGCAUAGUCCACCAGGAACUUCUUGUUUGUUCGCACUAUUGCAGUAAACCAGAUCCCUCUGCAACUCCACCUUAAUUUCCACAGAGUCUAGAUACACAGAGAAACUACCAUUGUGCACCUGCUAAUAGAGCUGUGCCCACAAUGGAGAGGUUCUGGUAAAAUUGCGCUCCACACUUGGUAUAUCCCUGCUUUUUUAAAAAAACACAAAAAUAAACAUUUUGUAUAUUUUUGCAUUUAUUUUUUUCUUUAUUUCUUUCUUGUAUGGAUUUUCUUUGCAUCAUAGCUCUUCUGUCCUCUGUGUUUGCUAUGAUACAGUGUCCUGUAUGCUACCAUAUAUUCCCAUAACCAAAGUAAUGGGGCAACCAACAUUAUUUUUUGUUUUAGGUUUAUUUAUACUAUAUACUGCAUACUGUACUUUAAAUGCCAAUUACAGUGCAAUUUUAUUUAUUGUAAAAACAAAAAGGAUAAAAAAUAAAAAGUGUACUUAUGUACUAAAUUUCCCCCCCUUCUCUUGUAGCAUGUUAUAUUUCUGUUUGGUUCUGUUUUAUACAAGUGUAAUUUAGGUAAAAUGUUUUUAUCCCCAGCUGCAUUCCUAGAAUUAUUAAUCUUCUUACAGUUUUCUUGUAUGUUUAAAAAUGGGAGAGUCUAAAUGUAUUAACUGCCAAAAAAUAAAUGCUCUUUUUUUUUAAGAAGAAGAAGAAACAAAUCACCCAACAUUGGCAUCAUUCGCCAAGCAUUAUCCUGGGUUAUGCCCAUUCAGUCUAUGGGUUUUGUCUAUCAGUAGAGCUUGUCAACUUGUGCUCUUGACCAACAAGUUUACAUGUAGCCAAAAAAAAUCAUUAUCAUCUCUUGGAAGAAUAUUCUAAGAUGGGUGAACUAUUCUGUGUGCCUCUCUAGAUGUAGCAAACUAGUACAAAGUUUCUGUAUUGUUACUAAUCAUCCUUAGAUUAUAAAUAUGCACCUCUUUCCUCCUCCCUUUCACUAUGGCCGGGCAUGGCCUGUCAAAUGUUGCUAGUGGUGUCAUAUUGAUGAAACAUUGAUGAUCCAGAACAUUAAAGUUUCAUAAAGGUUAUUUUGGUGGGGGAACAUUCAUCCAAAAAUAGCCGAGUUUAUUGUACUUAAAUCUCAUUGAUGAGUGUUUGGGUACAACUCACUCUCUUGCGAUCCAGACCAAUAUGUUUUGAAAGCUGAUCACUGCAAAA